AUGUCACAGGACUUACGGUCUUUCUCCGUGAACGCUUGCCAGUUCACACUUCGUGCCACUCUACUUCUUUUCAGUUUGGCUGUUGUCUGCCUUUACGCAGCAAUUAUUUACCUUGAACACUCCUACCCAAGAAUUGCACCUUACCAUCGAAGAAAAUUGGUUUAUGUCUGCUUCCCCGAAGAAGAUAGUACUGUCACCUACUAUAUGGGAGUUAUACGCAACAUGGAUAUUGUUUUGAGCAUUGCGCUCGCCAUACUCUGUGUGAUUCUUGCUGCGACAUCCUCGCUGCCGAGAGUUCACUGGCCAAUAUUUUUCAUCUCGCUCAUCCGUUUCAUUUUUGUAUACACUCAAUUGGAUUUCAUCCUCAGCGCCCGUCAAGGAAUAUGUAAAGUGAACGGAGAUCAGAUGGAAGCUUUUCAUGCACUAAUCAUUCUUUUUACCGUACGCUGUAUUAAGGGAUACAUCACGAUCAAUAUGUCCACACUCUGCUAUGGAAACAGUAUCUUGAUUUAUCUUUUUGGACUCAAAUCUCCACCAGAGAAUGUUGACGGAGAAGAAGAACAUGAACUGGAUGAUUUCCCGGUGGAUCGGACUCACCUUACUGUUUAA